AUGACGACGCCUAGCAGAAGACGACUUAUGCGUGAUUUCAAGAAACUUCAAGAAGAUCCGCCCGCCGGCGUUUCUGGUGCUCCAACUGAAGACAACAUUCUCGCGUGGGAGGCGAUUAUUUUUGGACCACAAGACACUCCAUUUGAAGAUGGCACCUUUAAGCUAUCGCUGGAGUUUACGGAAGAGUACCCAAACAAACCACCUACCGUCAAAUUCAUCUCGAAGAUGUUCCACCCAAACGUUUAUGCUGAUGGAUCUAUUUGUCUGGACAUUUUGCAGAAUCGUUGGUCGCCAACCUAUGACGUGGCAGCGAUUUUGACAUCCAUCCAAUCGUUGCUUGAUGAACCGAAUCCGAAUUCUCCUGCAAAUUCUCAUGCAGCUCAACUCUACCAAGAGAACCGCCGCGAAUACGAGAAGCGUGUUCAGCAGAUUGUAGAACAGGUACCAAUUCCCAUAUAUAAGGCAAGCACUAGGUUGAUGAUUCUCAAUAUUCUUGUUGAGCAUACAUGUGGUGUUACUUUACUCUUUAUUCCGUUAAAGCUGACGUUUCGGCUGUAG